AUGUCGACCAUGAGCAGAUCCCGUACGAGCCUUUCACCAGCCACCUCUGAAAGAUCGACUCUGCCUAUGGGAGCAUCCGCAGAACCUGGCAGCGCGGAGUUCAUACCUCUAGAGCCGACGAGGGAGGAACUGCUUGCACAUUACUUCGAGCGAUUUAAAUUUUAUACUUCGCUCUGCUUAGGCACUUCAGCCAUACUCGCUGUCUUCGCAUUCCUUUUCUUAAUCCCCUUCGUGGUCGAGCCAGCCAUACAAACGAUACUAGCAGAAUUCGCCCCCGAAGCUGGUAUAUGCUCCGUGUCAGAACACUCUUACGCCCAAACACUAACAAACUGCACUUGGGCAUCUUGCCGAGAAGGUUGCACCACGACUCACACGAAGUGUCACAAAAUUCGCGUGAACCUUGUCAGACAACCGUUCGUGGAAAACGCACCGAUACCAACGGAAUGGGACGCGAAAGAUUUGAAGUUCCUCAUAAACCCUGAAGGUUGUGGUUACCCACCGAGAGUGAACUGUUCAGAGUUUGCGAACGAUUACGCAGGGAAGAAAUCCCCUAAAGUUUUCCCUUGCUAUUAUAGCCAGACGCGCCCAGAAUUGGUUGUGGCAAGGUAUUCGUGGGAUUCGACUAUCCGUGGAUUGAUCUUGGCAUUGGUGCUACCGACUACUGUCUUCGUGUUCAGUUUAAGUGUGCUCGCAUAUUGGCACUGCCAUUGCUGCGACAGGGCCUGCAAUAGGCGAGUUCACGCCGAAUCUUACGCGAGCAAAGAAGACAGCAAGCUCCUAUGUGAUCUGGAUGAAGACCCAAGUGAUGACGUAUUCUGACGCCGAGUGUCUGCGACCGCUCGCCGCCGCGCCUCGCCCCGCACUGAAGGCUACACGCAACUUUGAGCUGGCGACCACAUAAAACCGCGUAACUAUGUUCGCGAACCUGUACGAACAAGCACGAACGUGUGAGAGCUCCGUCAGACUAAGAUAAUUUAUCGCACGACGUUUUGUUUUUUCGCGUCAGAAAAAGUGCAGUGCAUGCAUCGGGUGCAUUCUCUGGAAUAAAAUAAAAAUAGGGUUACAAAAUUAAUUAUGGUCAUUACCGAAGUUGACUCUAUUACAAGCAGGGUUGGUCUUGUGUUUAAAAAACAGCAGUUUUAAACAUGUUUUAAACGUGUUUUAAGCAAAAAAUGAUUUUUUUAACUGUUUUCGUCUACCCCUGAUCAUGCGUCAACUUUGGUUUAUCAUCUGUAGAGCAAUCAGACAAUGACAAUAUUCUAGAAUUUACAGGUUCGUGAAUGUAUAGCACACAUACACACACAAUAAUAGAUAUCACUCGUGCCUAAUCUGGACGCGAAUUAAUCCGACAAAAAUACAAAGAUGUGGUAUCUAUGCGAUUUUUUCGCUAAUUGCGUCAAUGG